CGGGGUCGGUCAUCCACAAUCUAAGGAUGGAGAGGGAAAAGCGACUCCUCUUUCAGCGAUGGCAGAUGUUGUAAUUAUCAACAAAGAGAGUCCUCUUCUUUUUUUCCUUCUCCGAGCAUGAGGUUCUUCGGAUUCGUGUCCUGCUACGGGCCACCAGCACGGCCCGACGUGCCGGACGCCCCCCCGCGCAUAGAAGAGACAGGGGCGCUCGCGGCGCUAACGUGCGCCCCGGCCGAUUCGGCAAGCGGGAGAAAGAGCGGGGGGCGGAGUAACUCGGCCAUGUGGCGGCCUUCGCUUGUCGCGAUUUCUGAGGACAGCGUGGUCUGUGUGGGACCCGCGGGGAAGGGGAAACGGACGGUCAGAUCGUCGGGGAAGAAUUUGGCGGGAAAGAGCAACUCAAGGGCUAAGAUUACCGUACACGACUACAACGAACGUUUCGGGCAUCAUACCGUUCCUUCCAUCCUUCCUGCGUUCGCCCCGACCGCGUUCUUGUUUUGAACGGCUGUGAUCUCCCUUCUUGCUUGUAUGCUACAAAUAUACUGUAAAACAGCGGUAUUAGAUGCUAAUGAUGGUAUAAUUUUAAAUUAAACAGUGCCAUUUUGCUUUGCUUAGUACGUUGAAGCUGCGAUGCAUGCACAAAAAGGAAAGACUGAUGUUUGCCUCAGAUUGUCAGUUUGUACAAGUGGGGCCCAUGGUUCAUCAAUCCGCACCGUUGGUCUGAUGCUGCUUACUAUGGACGGUUCAUGCCAUAAAAUCUCCUUCAUUGGACGGUCAAAUCAUUUCAAUCUGUGGCCUGCAAAUGGAGGGUUGAUAAUAGAGGGACAGAAUAAUGGCCCAAGAUUGGUGGGUAUGAUUCUGUAGUCAGGUAUAGUGAUAAUCCUAAUUUCAUCUCCCAUAGAUCUGAUGAAUCAUCCAGCGAGUGCAUGGAAAUAUGUCAUGCGUGUACAAAAAUUGAGACCUUCCAAAUCGUGGCUGUAGCAUAUAGCCGUUAAUCGAAGUGAUCAGAUUAUCGUAACCA